AUGGGGAGACAAAACCAAUGUAUCCAGUCGUGGAAAAGGCGGAGGAAGACGGCACCCUGGAGCGGGGGCACUGGAACAACAAGAUGGAGUUUGUGCAACGUCUGGAGGUUUCCCUAUCUCUGCUACAAAAAUGGGGGAGGUGCUUUCUUCAUCCCCUACCUCAUCUUCCUCUUUACCUGUGGCAUUCCUGUCUUCCUUCUGGAAACAGCACUGGGCCAGUACACUAGCCAGGGAGGUGUCACAGCCUGGAGGAAGAUCUGUCCCAUCUUUGAGGGCAUUGGCUACGCCUCCCAGAUGAUUGUCGUCCUCCUCAACUUCUACUACAUCAUUGUCCUGGCCUGGGCCCUCUUCUACCUCUUCAGCAGCUUCACCAUUGACCUUCCCUGGGGCAGCUGCCGCCACGAGUGGAAUACAGAACACUGUGUGGAGUUCCAGAAGACCAACAGCUCCUUGAACGUGACCUCCGAGAAUGCCACCUCCCCUGUCAUCGAGUUUUGGGAGCGGCGGGUCCUGAAGAUCUCCGAUGGCAUCCAGCACCUAGGGGCCUUGCGCUGGGAGCUGGCCCUGUGCCUGCUGCUCGCCUGGGUCAUCUGCUACUUCUGCAUCUGGAAGGGGGUCAAGUCCACGGGCAAGGUGGUAUACUUCACGGCCACGUUCCCUUACCUCAUGCUGGUGGUCCUGUUAAUUAGAGGGGUGACACUGCCUGGAGCAGCCCAAGGAAUUCAGUUUUAUCUGUACCCGAACCUCACACGUCUGUGGGAUCCUCAGGUGUGGAUGGAUGCGGGCACCCAGAUCUUCUUCUCCUUCGCCAUCUGUCUAGGGUGCCUGACGGCCCUGGGCAGCUACAACAAGUACCACAACAACUGCUACAGCAGCACUAAACUGGGGGUAAGUCGGAGGGUGUGCCAGCUCCUGGACAGGCCUCUGUUUCCAGCGCCCCGGGGCUUCCGGGAGCUGAUGGGAUCCAAGUGCAAAAUGGGCAGAGGGAGCCCCGGCUUGGCCUUCAUUGCCUACCCCCGGGCUGUGGUGAUGCUGCCCUUCUCCCCUCUCUGGGCCUGCUGCUUCUUCCUCAUGGUCGUCCUCCUGGGACUAGACAGCCAGUUUGUGUGUGUAGAAAGCCUGGUGACAGCACUGGUGGACAUGGGCGGUAUGUACGUGUUUCAGCUCUUUGACUACUAUGCAGCCAGUGGCAUGUGCCUCCUGUUUGUGGCCAUCUUUGAGUCCCUCUGUGUGGCUUGGGUUUAUGGGGCCAAGCGCUUCUAUGACAACAUUGAAGAUAUGAUUGGGUACAGGCCAUGGCCUCUUAUCAAAUACUGUUGGCUCUUCUUCACACCAGCUGUGUGCACAGCCACCUUCCUCUUCUCCCUGAUCAAGUACACCCCGCUGACCUACAACAAGAAGUACACAUACCCGUGGUGGGGAGAUGCCCUUGGCUGGCUCCUGGCUCUGUCCUCUAUGGUCUGCAUCCCCUCCUGGAGCUUCUACAAACUUGGCACCCUCAAAGGCCCCUUCAGAGAGAGAAUCCGCCAGCUCGUGUGCCCAGCUGAGGAUCUGCCCCAACGGAACCAAGCAGGAUCCUCUGUGCCUGCCACCCCCCAGACCUCACUACUCACACUCACAGAACUAGAGUCCCAUUGCUAG